GAAUGACCAUGAAAGCGUUGAAUCAAUAUUAAAAUAAAAUAUUAAAAUCGUAGGUGAAAAUCAAAAUUAUAUAUUGAAAACGAGUGUACUAUAGCUACUUACCGAUUAAAAUCAAUAAUGUACAGUUGUUAGUUAUAUAAGCUUUUGUUCAUGUGUAAGAACAUUCAUGUAUAGUGAUUUAAUCAAAGAGGAAAUUUAAAACAUUUAUGUAUUGAGAAUAUGUAUAAACGAUAUGUGUUGACAGUGGAAAAAAUAGGGUGCUCUAGCAGUCAACCGAUACAGCAAGGGAAUAAAACGUCAGGUCCGAGAAAUGCGUCGGAAAAGAAGACUGAUAAAUCCACUGAUAAGCCACAGAAGACUGGAGCUAGUGAUGUGACAACAAAAGAUGGGACACAAACCAAAAGAACAUUUACUGAACAGCAAACAGCGGAAUAUCCGGAAGAGAAGGAAGAAUCAAAAGUAAGCCAAGAAGAUGUUUUAAAGACAAAAGCUCUUGUUGGCUGUAUUGACAUGGAAUGUCCGUCACAAGCGAAAAUUGUCCGUAUAUUUACCAGCAGUACAUUUACAGAUACAAAACAAGAGAGAAACAUGUUGAUGAAGUUUGCCUACCCAAAAUUAAAGGAGUAUUGCCGGAAAGUAGGUUACGAGUUCCAAGUGGUAGACAUGAGGUGGGGGAUCCGAGACGAGGCCACUGACGAUCACAUGACAACGGAACUUUGUCUAAACGAGUUGAAACUAUGCCAGAAACUAUCAACCGGGCCAAACUUUGUUUCUCUUCUCUCUCACAAGUACGGAUAUACACCAUUCAAAAGAGUGAUAGAGUCUGGAGAAUUUGAGAAAAUAUUUAACAAUGUCGAAGAUAAAGGAGCAAAGGAUCUAUUUCAAAAAUGGUAUAGAAAGGACGAUAACUCUGUACCCCCAACAUAUAUACUGCUUUCCGUUAGCACACAUAUACCUGAUUUUCUCAGCGAGGAUAAGGAAAAGAAGAAGAUAGCAAAGAAUAAAUGGUUGGAAGAGAGUCAAAUCAUGCAAGAAGCCCUUUCAGGAACAGCCAAGAAAGUCUUUGAUGAGGAAACUGCCAGAAAAUAUCUUCAGUCUGUAACGGAAAAGGAGACAGAAGAGGGGCUAAAACCCAAUAUGGCGAAAGAUCAUUUUCUUUGGCUGAAUAGAAAUAUUAAAGACAUCGAGAAACAAGAAAGCAGCUACGCUCUGUCAAGAUACAUAGAAUGUAUUGGUCCAGAAGAAAAGGUUCAAAGAGCCAGGCAAAUGUUGAGGGAAUUGAAGGAAGAUAAAUUGAAGAAAAGACUAGACCCUUCAAAAAUUCUUAAUUACAGCGUCAACUGGAGUGCUACUGGUAUUGACCCUAAUUCGUCAGAAGAGCACAAAACAUACUUAGAAUCAAUGUGUAACGACUUUGUGCAUCACAUGAUUGGCAUGGUGGAAAAGUCUGUAGCAGAGAAAGAAAAAGUCACCGAUCCUCUGAUAGAGGAGUGCCUUCAACACAUUCGAUUCUGUCAAUCCAAAUGCGAAGGUUUCACCGGGAGAGGAGAAACAUUAAAGCAAAUCAAAAGUUACGUGACAAGUUCCGGUGCAGGAGGGAACCAGCCGCUUGUGUUACAUGGUACCAGUGGUACCGGAAAAACAUCUAUACUCGCCAAAGCUGCUGAAAUGAUUAGAUUGUGGAUGAAUAAACCGACAGUAAUCAUUUUGAGAUUUUUGGGAACUUCUCCGGACAGUUCCGAUUUGAUGUCGCUGCUUUAUAGUAUAUGCUGUCAAAUAAGACGCGUGUAUAAUCUUAGACCAUUGCCAAGAACACAGGACAUAACUGUACAAAUAAGUGACUUUGAAUUGAUGAUGAAGGAAAGUCGUCCUAACCUACCUCUGGUGCUGAUCCUGGACUCUCUUGACCAACUAGACCACGCUUACAAUGCUCGACAAAUGACUUGGUUGCUUCCCAAAUUAGCACCCACAACGAAAGUGAUUCUUUCAACAUUACCGGAGCCAAUUUACCAGUGUUUCCCGGCAUUGCAGUCAGAAAUCACCGCACCAGAAAAUUUAAUACACGUUCCAGUGCUUGAAACAACAGAUGUGAAAAGUAUUCUGGAUAAGUGGCUAGAAAUGCGAAAUAGGAAACUGACGGACGAACAAACACAAAUGAUAUUGAAAGGUUUUGAGAAAUGUCCUACCCCUCUUUUCCUGAAACUAUCGUUCGAAGAAAGUACAACUUGGACAUCAUUUUAUUCGCCCGAGAAAACCGUGCUACAAUCCACUGUGCGUGAAAGCAUUGAACAUUUGUUCGAAAAAUUGGAGAAGAUGCACGGGAAAAUUCUUGUAACGAGAGCGCUAUCUUAUCUUACUUUAGCGCACAACGGAGCUUCCGAGGCUGAGCUCGAGGACAUUUUGUCGUGUGAUGAUGACGUGCUUAAUGACGUGUACAUGUAUUGGACACCGCCAAUACGGAGAUUACCUCCCUUACUAAUUGUAAGAGUUAGGAAUGAUCUGAGUCAAUAUUUAGUGGAAAGAGGGGCAGAUGGAACUCGAGUAAUGUCCUGGUAUCACCGACAGUUUACGGAAGCUGCCGAAGCACGUUAUUGUUCGGAUCCUGAACAAAAUAAAGUAAUCCAUUCAAAUCUGGCCGACUUCUUCAACGGAACUUGGGCUAACGGUAUCAAAAAGCGUUUUACAACAUCUAAUGGGCAGACAGGUGAAGAAGAUCGUCACGUGUCCGCUCAGCCACUAAAGUAUGGGAAGAACUACAAUAUUCGAGCCCUUAGUAAUUUACCUUAUCACAGAAUUAAAGCUGGUCAUGGAAACCUUCUAGAACAGCAAUGUCUUGCUAACAUUCCAUUUUUGUUGUCGAAAAUCGAAGCCAUGCCAUUGACAGCAACGUUGAAUGAUUUUGUCUCAGCGAUUGAAGUAUUUCCCGACAAUGAACUGAUCAAGAUGAUAUAUGAUUCCAUGUUGUUAUCUCAGAAAGGUCUUGUUACUGACCCUGGACAGAUUGUCCCUCAACUUCUUGGGAGAUUACAGGAAAAUGAUGUAAACAAAGGGUUCAUAGCUCAAUGUAGAGUAUAUCCGAAAACUUUCAUAGAACCAGAAGAAAGAAUCCUUGAGCGACCAGGUGGACAGCUUGUUCAUUGUGUAGCAGCUCACAAAGCUGACAUCGACAUGAUGGAUAUAACCAAAGAUGGAAAUUUAGUUGUGACUGUUUGCGCGAGAAGCCAUGAAAUAAGUCUGUGGGAUAUAAAAACAGGACAACAAAAGCGGAAAAUUUUGGGAAAGAAACGCUGCAUGACAGCUUUGUUUUGUUGUGGUGACAAGUUGAUUGCUUGUGUAACGGAUAAAACUGUUUUAGUAGAGGAAGUUGUUACUGGAAAGUUGUAUUGUACUGCCAAUAUACCUGCAGACCCAACCAUAUGUGUUGCUGGGAAGGACAAGACUUUUCUGUUAGCAUUCAAACAAACUGCAUGUUUUCUAUAUGAUCUCCAAGAUAACGGGAAGCUUAUCAAGCAACUGAUACAUCCAGAAAAAAUGAAAUUUGGGGGACUGAGCUUAACUGAUUGUACAGAGAACUAUGUCGCCGUGACCGACUUCUGUCAACGUUUUAUAUCCGUCCUUGACCUUAAAUCCAUGACCUUCAUAAAAAAGUUCAAAGGUUCCGUGAUUACUUAUGAUAAGGAUGGUAAAGGAAAAUGGCAGGAAGUUUUGACACUUGCAAUACACCCCGAUGAAACUCACCUAGCAUUUAUUACUUUGUUCACCAGUGAAAUCAUAUUCGCCGAUUUCCAUGGAAACAAGAUCAGAAAUGUGCCAGAUAAUGGUUAUCGGAUGUUUGAGACUGUAGAUUUUACGCCAGAUGGGAAACAUUUCUUUGUACAGACAUUCAAUCAUCUAAUUUUCUUCAACACUGCCACAUUAAAUGAAAUUGACGUGCUAGAUCAAAGUUACGAUUUGGUAGCAGCAAAAACGGUAGACAUGAAAACGGUAAUCACUGUUGCUAAUGACAGAAAUUUACGAAUCUGGGACCGGACUAGAAGCAAACAAUCUACUACUGACAGAGGGGACUAUAAUUUUUCCCAAAAGAUAAAAGCGCUAAGAAACAUUUGGUCAUUGGGAUCUACAAGAUAUAUAUUCGUCGACGGCAGAGCAACCAAUGCUUUGUCAUAUGAAGAUAGACUUUUUGGUGUUUAUGAUUGUAUCACGGACCAGUUUCUUAAACUGCGAAGAAUGGUGGGAAGCUAUGGAGUCAGUCAUAUUGAUGCAACAAGGGUUUUGUUAUACUUGAAUAGAACACUUGUGUUUGUCUUCAAUUUGAAUACGAUGAAUGUUCAGACAAAACUGCAGUUCUUCAGAUGCAAACCUAUGCAGCUUGUCAUACCCACGCAUCGGAAUCAGCUGAUUUGUCUCACAAAGGCAGGCAAAAACCUUAAAGUCUAUGACCUCAGUACGGGUAAGGUUGUGUGCGUCUUAAAAGCAGGACAGACUAUGACUUUAAAUUUCUUUGAUGUGAAUAGCACAGGAACAGUUGCGUGCGCAUCUUCUGAUGAAGGGCCGCUAAUCCUGUAUGAUCUUGUUGACCAAAAUGUGAUGUAUACCAUUCCUUCAAAGCCCGCUUACAGCGAUUUAUUUGGUUUGUAUAAGUGGAUAAAUGCUGAUGGUACACGACUUAUAUUCAGCACGACUGGUAUGUUACCUGACAUGAAAGGAGGGUACAGUGUUGACCAUCUGGUAGUGUGGGACAUUCAAAACAAAAAAGAGUUGUUUAGAAUGUACGACAGUGUAUAUCAGAUAAAAUAUAUGGAACAAACUAAAAUGGAGGCAACAACAUCGGUGGACAGACUUUGUCAGCUUGACGAUAAACGGCUGAUCACAUUGAAUAGGGAUAACAUUCCUCGAGUAUAUCAUUUGGACACAGGAAAAUUGCUGAAUAGAUUGGAGGGACAUACUAUGUCAGUCGGAUUACAUACUACGUCAGUCCGAUUAGAAAUACACGAAAAAUCUCCAUACAUUCUCACAUAUGAUGAAGCCUGCAUUCGACUAUGGGAAAAGACAACUUGUAAACAAGUUGCGACAUUCUCGCCUGACCAGACAAUAAACAAUGUCCUUUGGAGUGGAUGCGGACGUUUUUUCUACACGACGUCGGAAGACCCAGUCAAGAUAGUAAGAUGGAAAAUACAUAAUGGAUAUAAAGAGAUGUCAGAUAUCAGUUUUAAUGAAGAUUCACAAUCUAUAUUCUCAUCGGAAGCCGAAUUUGAACCAUUAGAGAUAGAUAUACUGGAGGAUGUCGAAUUCCCUGUUGAAGAGGGAGACCCCGAUGACGAUGUUGAAGUACCGAGCGAUGACGAAGACGAUAAAUGUUGUUAAUUAAAUGAACCAGUUCUUAUUUUCACAUUUCUACAUCAACACAAAUAUGGACAUAUUGUCACCAAGCGAUGGUAUCAAUGAUAAUGAAUUAUUGCAAAGUAAAAUAUAUUUUAUAUUUAUACAAAUUGUCAUCAAGCGAUGUGGUCCAUCUUCUUGGAUAACGAUAAUUAUCGUGACAGUGAUUGAAUGGCAGAAAUUUAUAGUUUUAUAUGACUUACAGAAAUAUGGUCAAAUAUCGUCAUAUUUGUGACGUCAUUAGUCAUCAAUGAACAAGAAAAACAUAUAUACAUGUACCUCAUUUGUGAUAAAAUUGUAUAUACUAAUUGACUCCAACUUUUCAAUAAAUGAUAAAAAUUAUAUAUGCUUAUAUGAUUUUAACUAUGUACGUUUAAAACGUCGAAUUCAUAAGUCUAAUAAAUUGUAUCUUUUUUCGUUAAACACGAUUGCUGAAAUUAAUUAUUUAUAUUUUAUACCAUGCUUUUCGGUGGUUUAUAGAAAUAUAUCAGUGAUAUAAAACUGGUAAUUUCACUGUUUGAAACAGUGAAAUUACCACUUUGAUAAUUUCACUGUUUUGAAUUUAAGCCCCUUACGUUGUUUCAGUGAAAUAUCAGCGUGCACAGUACUGGGUACCAACUUAAUGACGUGACGUCGCAAAUGACGUCACGUUGUAUUAUUAUUUGGCGCGAUUUUCAU